UUACCAUCUUGAGAAGUAUGGAUGUGACUACGUAGUUCUGCGUUCACAAUAGAGUGGCGCUGCAAUCAGUACAAUGUCCGCUGAUUUUUCGCUCGUGUUCUCUCCGCGUUAGCGUUAAGAUUUUUUUUUUCUCGUUAAAUUUGUAUGAAAUGAAGCGUGAUCCUACGGAUGAGACACACCGUAAACCACGUCAGCUUAGAAAUACACCGCUGUUAAAAUAUGUUCGCCUUAUGUCACUCGCGACAACACUUAUUUAUGCUGGAGCAAUGUACAUUGGCUACAGAAGGAAUGUUCUUCCAUACUUAAAUGACGAAAGAUAUAAACUUGACGAAAUAUCUCAAGACAAUUCUGAAAUGGUAGAAGAUUAUGCUACAAAUCCAUUAUUGAGAAAUGUUAUUGAGAAGUACACUGAGAGACAAGAAGCUAAGUUGAAAGAGGCAGACUUGAAGAAGACUGAAACUUUAGAUAACGCUUAAGCAAGAGUAAAAGUUUGUAUAGAAAUAAUGAAUGACGAGAAGCAUAGUUUGUACAAGCCUGGUAGUUCAGAGAGAAGAUUAAGAUUGAGGAAGGAUUAUAAAGAAAGUACAGAUGAUACGGUUUGUCUUUCUGUUGAUUCCAAUAAUGAAAAUGGAAAGAAUGAUGUAGCCUCUACAUCCAAAUGUGACGAUGACAGUAUAAUGGAUUUUAAAUCACCAAUAAAAAAACAUUCUAUACAACCAAAAGUUAUUAAUAGUAGUAGAUUUCCAGAUAGAUCCAAAACGAAAGUACUUUGUUCCAAAACCAAAGUUACUAAUAAUGAAAAAAGAUCAGGAAGCAGUAAAUCAUUACAGAGUAGCAAGAUAUUACGUAACAAACAACAGCCAUCAAUUGAAUCAUCUUUCUUUAAAUCUGAAAAGAAAGAAGCAGACUCACCACAGAGUUUAACUGAUGUAAAAACAGCUUACGUAUGUCCGUUGUGUUUCAAAAAUUUUAAGGAUGAAAAUUCGCAAGCUGUGCACGCGAAAAGUUGUGCUGCAAAAAAUAAUGUUACGACAAAGAAACUAAUGGAUGCUAUGGAGCUACAAGAACGGCAAGCUGCAGAAAGAAAAUCAUUGGGUUUACUCUCUGCUCCUGUGUUGCAAGAUAAAAAGAAACCCGCACCACGUAAAAUGGCGUCACAUAAUGAUCCCGAUCUGCAGCUUGCUUUAGCGCUCUCUAAAUCUCUAUAUGAAAAAGAAAUGGAAGAAUGGGAUGAAGUCCAAAUCAUCGCUAUGUCGUCUAGUUCACCAUUGCCAGAUAACAACCUAGAAAAUGCUUACAAAACAACGUUGCAAAAUUUUGGAUUCACUAGCAACAGAAAUGUUGAACCAGCAAGAUCUACUAAUAAAACUAAGAGAAGAAAACUACUAGAACCAACUACUCUGCAGAAUCGUACAGCUGUGGAAAGAGAACGUAUUUUAACAGAGAGAAUAGCUGAAAUACUUAUGGGCUAUAAAGAUUUUACUCAAAACCCACAGGAAGUGGAGAAACAGCUUAACAUCAAAGAAAAAAUUGUUAUAAAGAAUCAAUUACUUCAGCAACUACAUCGAGCUGAGAAUACAUUGUGGGAUAGAACGAAACUAACUUCAACUCAAAAUGUAUUUUAUGUAAAACAACUGUUACCUCAGAUAACACCAUUAGAAAAGAAAGAACAGAAAUUAAAGGAAGAGCAGAUUGAUGUAAAACUUGAAGAUCAAAGUAUAAACAAUGAAAUCUCUUUGGAUAAUAAACAAAUGCAAGAAAUACAAGCAGCAGAUAACAAUGAAAAGUUAAUUAUCUCUUCAAAUUCAAGCAAGACAUGUUGCAAAGAGAAGAAAUUUCUCGAUAUUCUCGCAACAAGUUGGAAAAAUAUACUAAACGACAGUUCUGCAAGUGAUAUUAUCAUAUUCGUGAGAAACAGCAGACACAUUUGGGCGCAUAAAUUGGUUUUUUACGUACGUUGCACGGAUAUUUUACUGGAUGUGACGUCCAAUGAUACAGAAUAUUCUACUGCAAAAGAAAAGAUUUGUUGGACUGAUGUAGAUUACGAUGCUGCUUUGGCCUUUCUAGAAUUUAUCUAUUGCGGAUUAAUCGAUAGGCAUUUGGAAAUACUUAAUUCCGACACAUUGUCUGGUGUUAGAUUUCUGGCAAGGAAGUACAAGGUAAAUGAUUUAUUUGUUUAUUUGCGUCAAUUAGAAUUGAAUUCUACCACAGCACAAGUGAAAUACACCACUUGUGAGAAAAGUACAGAAAAUUUACACGCAAAUGUGCGAAAGGGUUCGAAUGUUUCGAAAUUGGAGAAGUCUACUUUUAAUACAUCGUCAAAUCAUAUUUGUAAUGAUCUAGAAAACAUUCAGUGUUCGCAAAAAAUGCAGAAGGACGUUAAUGAUACUUCACAUUCUCUGGAAGACAGUUGUAUAUCUGCAAAGGAUUCCUGCGUUCUGCAAGAUGAAAAAAUAGAUUUGAUGAAGUUAUCAGAAAAAAUAAAUCCCAGAAGUGACACACCUACAAAUUGUACAUCCCCUGACUUGUUCGAUGACACGCCAGUGACGAAACGCAACGCAAUUAUUAAAAACAGUGAAUCUGCGAUGCAUUCUGAAGAUCACGAAGAUUCCAAUAUUCACGUGUUAUUGAGUUUAAUUAAACAAGAUGCUGAUACUGAUAUUUGUAGUCAGAGAUCAUUAACUCAGAGAGCUGAAUACUCCGAGUCCUGUAAAGAAAUGUCUACCUGCUUGGAAAAUGUGGAACAAAGUGUAAUAGAAAUCGACUCAGAUUCCGAGGUAAAUUCUCUAAAAUCAUUUAUUGAAGAUGCGCAUGAAAACUCUUUAAUCGAUACUCCUCAAAGUAGUAAGCCGAAAUUUAGCCAAGAUUGCUCCUUAAUCAAACAGAAAAGUGAUCUCACAUUAUUUAUCGAGAAAAUACAACAGGAAAAUGCGAAAUCGGAUUUAGAUUCCGAUACAGAAUAUCCUGUAGAAAUGUCUUUUACAAUGCAUAAAAAUCCAUUUCGCGUGGACAGACAUGCCGACUUGAAAAAUUCUCAAUCCUGUGACGAUAAUGACAAAAUUUCUGACAGGAAGCAAAAACACGGUAAAUUAAGCAUAAUAGAGCAGCGUAUGCAAUCAUAUGCUGAGAAAAAUCCAGAAUUUUAUUCUCAUCUUUCCAAUGAAUGUGUAGAAACUAUUAAACGCAUUACUUCGCAUGUAGCUUCUACAUCACCAGAAAAGACAAUGAAAUCUUUUCAGAGUAAUGUAUCCAAUUAUACACAAAACUGCAUUUCACCGGCUGAUAAGGACAUCUCGAAACAAGUCACAAUUACACCUUCGUCGUCGCAAAUUAAAACAACGAAUCAGUCGCCUAGCGAAACCGUCUUUGACUAUGAAACGGAUGAAGAAGAUAUUUCCAUGUAUUCGAAAUACAUGAGAAAUCAUAAGGACAAUAGUAUAGCGAAGUAUCGCACAGCAAUUAGAAGAAAUAAAUCAGAUGGUAAUCUAUCUAAUAAAAAUGUAUCAUCUCAUUCAAUUACUAAAAACAGUGACAUUAAUGAAUCUAAGAAUAACGAAGUUGUCGCUCAAUCCACUUUGACACAAAAGGACGUAGAUGUAAUCGUUUCAUCAGAUACAGAGAUCGAAAGUGUGUCUUCCAAUGUUAGCUGCCCCGUUGCUCUCCAAAAGGAUGACUCUGAUCGUGAGGAUAAUAUAUUUCAAACCGGAAGCGAUAGAGAAAGUAGCAAGCAGAAUAUAGAAAAUGAAAGAAAUAAAUCUCUCGAAUUUGAGAUUCCAAAAGCGAUAACGACAGAUUUGGAAGAAGAAAUAAAUGUUAAUGAUACAACCAAGUCAAAUCGAGAUGAAUUUAAUACUAGCAAUGCAAAAAUGACAUCUGAUGAUAUGGAUUUUAGUGCAGUCUUGACACAAAAGUCCAAAUUAAAUGAAUCGAACGAUGAUCAGAACGCAGAAUUCAUUCCAAGCCCAAUUAUGAUAUCCUCUAGUCCAGAUUUCUUAAAAAUGGAAAGCUUACUUCCUGAACAUAAAAAUACAGAAACAGAUAGUCGCAAAUCGAGAAAUACAGCCGAAUUUUCUCUUAAUUUUGAAGACGAUAUAUACCUUGCCAACGUUAAUGUUGACAGAUACGAAAAACAUCAUCUUUUAGAAAAAAGUCAGUCAGCUAGUCAGUUAAGUAUAACGAAAUUUAGGAAAAAUAGCUCACGCAGAUAUAGUAAUAAAAAUAAUCGCGAAAAUAUCAAACAUACGAAUACAAUGUCGGAUGAUGUCACACCAGAAAAUUUAGAUCGCAUGGCUUUGACACAAAAUUCGACGAGUAUUAGAACGUUUAAAAAAUCUUUGUCCGAAGGACAAAUUAAUAUAAAUAGAUUACGUAAUCAACAAAGUACGUCUGAACACAUAUCCAUGCGAUUGCAAUGCAAAUAUAAUGAAAACAUUGGAAGUUCAAAAACUGCGCCCAAGAUAAUUGAAAAGGAUGUUACACCUCCGCCUGAUUAUCAUGGUAUGAAAACUCCUGAAUUACACAAAGAAAUGAAGAAAUAUGGAUUAAAAGCACAAAAGCGUAGCAGAGCUGUGAAACUGUUAACACACAUUUAUAACGAACUUCAUCCUUUAGUAUCUAUAUCUGAGGCCACGAUAGAGCAAAAGAAAGCCGCUGAAAUUUUAAGUGACGAAGAUGAGGGUCCACCGCCGAAGAAAAGAAAUAUGGAUAAUAGUUUAGAGAAAUCGAACGAUAAUGAUGAUGAAUUGCUUUGCUCUCAGGAUAGCAAUGAUAGUAUGAAUUCUGUAAAAGAUGCGACCAGCAAAGAAAUGCAAUUUUACGAAACUGAGUCAUUGCCGGCUUUGGAGAAUUCAUCAGACAUCGCAGAAGCCUUUACAAAAUUGAUUGUGGCUGAUAAACAUUUACAUAACAAAAUAUUGCGAUACGAGCCUGUAAAUAUCGAAACGUUGCAUUCCACGUUACGAACACACGGAUUUAAAUGCAAGCUUUCCAAUCUCAUGAGUUUCUUAGACGAGCAGUGUAUUACAUUUUAUGCGCCAGAACAGAAUGCCAAAAGCAGGACACGCAAGAAAGUAUAAUUUUAUAGGAAUAAAAUAUAUUUGAGAGAAAAUCCAUAAUUAUAAUCUUUAUAUGAUGAAGGUAUG